AUGGGGUUUUACGAUGAGACCGUGCCAUGAUGUUCGUGCCAAGGCUGUUUCUCGUUUGCCUUUUGGCUGCUCUCGCGGCUCAGAUCUCCACAAAUCCAGUCCCCGCGAACUAUGACGAACCGGCCGACGGACAGACUGAUGGGGUUUACGAUGAAACCGCAUAUGCUGAACCCUUGAACGAGGAAACCGAUGACGCACCAACCAAUGACUACAGCGACGGUAACGAAGACACACUCGCUGAAACCACCGAUACAACACACGAAGAAGUUACCGAAGCACCUAACGACGACGCAACCGAUGGGACCAUCGACGAUUCCAUCAAUGAAAUCCCUGACGGAGAGCAACAACUAGAGCGUCGCGAUCUUUUCACCCCGAGCAGGCAGUUCCGCGUAUCGAGCAGGAGUGCUCCACAGGAGUUGACGGACGUGGAUGCCAAGCCGGCCAUGGACAUCACACCUAUCCUCAAGAUGUCUCACAAUGCAAUGAUCCAGACGGUGCGCGGUGCACGCUCCGGCACGAACGCGGCUUACGACGUCAUGGACAAGACCCUCGAGCUACUCCAAUCCCUCCACGAACGGAAGAAGCAGUUGGUCAAGGACUACGUGAAGCCAGUUGCAUCAACGAGGAUCAGCAAGGCCAUCGAUACGGUGGAUAGUGGGCUGGACACCACCUUGAGCGGCAUAAAGAUGGGGGUCAGGCACGGCCGUAGUCUAGCCGAAGGAACCUUGACCGAUAUCGAGGGUCGGCUACAGAGGGGCGAGUCCAUCCUACCGGCAGGAGUACAAGAUGGAUUCGAUAGGGUCAGCAAGGCUAUCGGCGCUUGGGUGAGCGGGAACGCACCUCCCGAAGUAGAUGAAGAUUCAGAGGAAGACCUGAAGGAAUUGAGGAUGAAGCAUGACGAGGAAUUGGCCCGGCAGGAGAGGGAGGCACAAGAACUGAGGGACGCGGAAGAACUGAAGUACGCACAAGCACUGAAAGCCGCGGAGGAAAUGAAAGCUGCGCAAGAAGCGAGGGAACAAGAACUGAGAGCUGCACAGGAACUGAAAGCUGCGCAAGAAGCGAGGGAACAAGAACUGAGAGCUGCACGGGAACUGAAAGCUGCGCAAGAAGUAAAAGAGCAAGAGCUGAAAGCUGCGAAGGAACUAGAGCGAAAACAGCAGGCACUAAAAGAGGCCCAAGAGGCGCAGGCAGCGAAAGCUGCCAUUGUUCCGGUCCCCUCAACCGCUAGACGUGCUGGUCGUACGCUGAGUCAAAGUCAACAAGGUGGUCGAGGUCAAGCAGGUAAUCAAAGUCUGACUGCAAGGAGGUCUUUCAGAUUCCCGAGAUCCUUCCGUUUGACAAAAUAAUCCGUCCGCAAAAUUCCAAGUAUUUUUCGGUUGUUUCAAGAUCAAACUAUAAUUAAUGAUUUUUCCGCGAGUUCCCAGAAGAAAAACAAAAUCAAUACCUUUAACAGCAAAA